ACCAUGAAGCCAAUCUACGCCUUUGUUCUUUUAUUCACUGUUCUCACAACAAUCGUAUUCUUCGUUGAUGCAACAGUUUUCAAGCGUGAUCUAGAUUCAAAAGCUAAAACUGAAGCUCUUAGAAAACGGUACUGGAAUGAUUACGAUUAUGAUGGUGGUCGUUAUUACGGUGGUUGGUGGCAUGGUCCACAUAUAAACGAUGAAAGUUAUAGUCACGAUGAAUAUUUAAAUUACAAAGACUCUGAUAAAUAUAAUAGGUUCUAUUAUAAUGAUUAG